GACAGUGAAUCAGUCGCCAACAUGACCAGCCCGCGAGCGCCCAUCGUCUUCGGGUCUGUCGCCGCACGCCUGUUGCACAGCUUCAGCCCCGCAUCCGCGGCCGGCAAGCAACUGCGCUUUACGGGCAAUAUUAUGCAGCCUCUAAAGAACACUAGGACCUUUACAAAGAAGAACAUGUUGAAGAACUAUGGGGUUCUUCCACUAGUGGGUAUUAUGUUUGCGGUACCAGUAGCUGUUGGUGUCUUUUGCAUCUACCAAAUUGCAACUAGGGAUGUGUCGUUCAACAGAAAGCAGAAGCCUUCCGUGGAACAGAUGGACCUCACGAACCCCAAGUGUUACAAGAUAUUGAACACGAACCCGGACCACUACAAGCCGAAUAAGGAGCUAGCUGACUUGCUAAAGGAGAUGAGCGAGGCAGAGAAGGCCCAAGCCACUUCGCAGUAACCAACACAUGGGCGGCCGCAUCUAGUCCACGCACGUGACGUUUGAAUUGUCAGUGUAAUCAAAUUUAAGUCGACAAAUUAAUAAACGAAAGGCACAUAAUCGUUA